AUGUGUCAUUCGUUGAGAGUAUUUGCCGGCAAAGGCUUGAAUGGAUUGGGCUAUCGAUCGCUGCAUUCCUCGAGAGCAUCGAUGGCGGCGGCGUUUGUGAGCCGACCCGCGCCCGACUUUAAGGCCACGGCUGUCGUGUCCAAUGACUUCAAACAAAUCCAAUUGUCUGACUAUAGCGGCAAAUAUUUGGUCUUAUUUUUCUAUCCCUUGGAUUUCACUUUUGUCUGUCCGACAGAAAUCAUAGCAUUUAGUGAUCGCAUCCAAGAAUUCAAGAGUUUAGGGGCCGAAGUAUUGGCGGUUUCAGUGGACUCACACUUCUCUCACUUGGCGUGGGUUAAUACCCCCCGAAAGAAAGGAGGCAUUGGAGACAUCAAAAUCCCAGUUCUCUCUGAUUUAAAUAAGCAAAUAUCCAAAGAUUAUGGCGUUUUGCUCGAAGAGUCUGGUAUUGCUUUGCGCGGACUAUUCAUAAUUGAUCCCAAAGGCAUUGUCCGACAGAUCACUAUUAAUGACUUACCCGUCGGACGCUCUGUUGAUGAAACCCUGAGACUCAUAAACGCGUUUCAAUUUUAUGAGAAACACGGAGAAGUAUGUCCGGCCAAUUGGAAACCAGAGGCGCCUACUAUUAAUCCAAAGAAAGCAAGUGAUUAUUUUGAACGCAAUAAUUGAAUUCUCAUAUUCUUCUGGACUUCUUAUGUCUAAACUUAGAAAUUGUUUACAAAUCUCACGAAAUAAUUAUGAAUUAAAUUCGUGUUGUUUUUAGUGAUUAAGUAAUAGAAUGAUUGAAAUAUUCUUUGAAUUGAGAAAUAAGUCUCAAAUAAAACAUAUUUUCAUUUAUUGACAAAAUA